AAGCUCUAGCAUCACCGUCGCAAUGCCGUCCACGCACGAUAAAGAAAAACCGUGGGACACCGGUGACAUCGACAAAUGGAAGGUAAUUAGCUAAUCCCCCUCACAACUUCAUCGCAGACAAAAAAGGGAGAAAAAAGCCAACAGAUAAAUCUGACAAUCCCAGAUUGAAGAAUUCAAAGCCGAGGACAACAAAGCCGGAGCCCUCACCGAAGAGUCCUCCUUCGCCACACUCUUCCCCAAGUACCGCGAAACCUACCUGCGCGAGGCCUGGCCGCUAAUAACCCGCACACUCGAAAAGCACCACAUUGCCUGCACACUGGAUUUGGUAGAGGGUAGCAUGACCGUGAGGACCACUAGAAAGACCUACGACCCCGCCGCAAUCCUGAACGCCCGGGAUUUGAUCAAAUUGCUGGCUCGCUCGGUUCCUGUCUCGCAAGCGAUCAAGAUCCUCGAGGAUGGGGUUGCGUGCGAUAUCAUCAAGAUCGGGAACCUGGUUAGGAACAAGGAGAGGUUCGUUAAGCGGCGACAGAGGAUUUUGGGGCCGGGUGGGAGCACGCUCAAGGCUUUGGAGUUGUUGACUGGGUGCUAUAUACUUGUUCAGGGGGGUACGGUUGCUGCGAUGGGAGGAUAUAAAGGAUUGAAGGAGGUUAGGAGGGUAGUGGAGGGUUGUAUGGAUAAUAUACAUCCGAUAUAUCAUAUUAAGGUAUGGGCACUAGUAUUGAGAGGUGGAAGGAUGAGUGAUGCUAAUUUGGAAAGCGCAGGAACUCAUGAUCAAACGAGAGCUCCAAAAAGACCCCGAACUAGUCAAUGAGAACUGGGACCGCUUUCUCCCACAGUUCAAGAAGAGAACCCUAAGCAAGCGCAAGAAGCCACUAAAGAUCACAGACAAGUCGAAGAAGACCUACACUGUACGUUGCCCCUAUUACCUCACUAUUUACCCGCAGAUACUAACUUCCCUAGCCGUUCCCUCCCGCUCCCGAAAAAUCAAAGAUUGACCUCCAGAUCGAGUCCGGAGAGUACUUCCUUUCCAAGCAGAGCAAAGAACGCGCCGCACGCCAAGAGCGAGAAGAAAAGCGCAAGGAAAGGAAGGAGGACAAGAAGAAGGAGCGAGAAAAGGAUUUUGUCCCACCGCUUGAGGCGGGCGACCACAAGAAGGAUAAGAAGCGAAAGCACGAGGGCGAGACAAGGGAAGAGAGGAAAGCUAGGAAGGAGGAGAAGAGACGGCGAAAGGCUACUAAGACAUAAAUAUCAAAAGUUACACUUUUUUCCUUCCUUCUCUGCUUCUUACUUAUCUGGAUGUGUAUCGAGCCUCACUCAUGUAUGUUCGAAGGUUUACUCGGAGUUUUAUUGUUUUGCCAUAUCUUAGAUGAAGUUCGGACGGAGGGUAGGCUGGGAGGCCUCCCUUGCCUUUCUGUCCUUGAUGUAGCAGUGUACUAGUACAUUACAUUUACUACCGGGUCGGUUCCCACCUUCAGCGUCUAACUGAAAAUCAGAAUGUGCCCUUUUUUGCGCGAAAAAGUAGAAAGAAAAACUAGAGAAGCAAACCAUGAACCCCAUCGAGAUUGCUCGCCACGCAGCCAAUCUCCCCUCGAAUCGACGAAUUGGAAAGGUCGUAACGUCCCCGUCAAGCAUCUCACACCCUCGGAGCCAACCCUGGCACACCAGCAUACCUCUCCUCCCUCUCCGUCUUGAAAAACAGCUGCAAGAAAAACUCUUUACUAUCCGAGUCAAAAUGCGUCCAGAACUUCCCAGGACUUCUAUCCACCUCCCGAGCCUGCAACUUGAACGAAACCGUUUCAUACGGCUCAGCAGCGACCAGCAGAUACUGAAAAUUCUUAUCAGCAGGGACCUCAACUCUCUGCUCGAAAGCGCUCAUAAACCGAUACCGGGGUUUGAUCUCGGUGCCAAUCUCGGGGUACUGCAACUGGAAGAGCAACCCCAAUUGUCGGGUAACGGGGUCCCGAAGCUUGGUGAUCUUGUAACCGGGGCGGCCGAUUUUCAGAUGCUUUUUUGGCGCGAUGAGCUGCUGGCCGAUCAUCCCUUGUGGCAGGCCGGUUAUUGGAUCAAGGUUUCGACCCUCUUUGGCUUCACGGGCGGCGCGACGGGCGAGGUUGGUCUGGUGCUUGCGACCCUGGGUGUGGGCGAGGUAGGAGCCAUCGUUUUGGUGGACCGUUAGGCAGAGACGGCAUUCGAAGGAGCCGACGUGGUUUUUGAAGCUGUUGAGCUUAUUAGUUUUUGGGACGAUCUGUAAGCAAAGAGCACGGAGAAGGGGACUGCUCACAAGUAGGGAUCUUUAUCAAGGUCUAUGGUCUCGAGCGCGAGUUUUCGGAGACGCUCGCGUCUAUCUUGGUUUGAUACUGAGUGCGAGGCGACACCUCCGCCCCCGAAGCGCGAUCCGACUCUGCCUUCGUAUGCCAUUGUUGUGGUUGUCGAUGU